UAAUUAUGUAGAUAUUAUUUUAAGAAAGUGUUGACAUAAUGUAUAAGCAAUGUAUUGCAUUAAAAUAAUACGACAGAUCCUAAACAAAUAAAAUUACAGAGACAUUAAUAACAAUGCGGUCGUGUAUUGUGUUGUUAUCAGUCUUGCUUGCCUCAGCCUUGUCUGAAGAUGUUAAGGAUCGUGAAUCACUCUUGGUUCAAAUAAACUCUGGACUGGUUCGAGGAUACAAGGAUCCAAAAAAUGAUAUAUUCGUUUUCAAUGGAAUACCCUACGCUACAGCUCCCACCGGUACAGAAAGAUUUAAGGGCCCCCUACCUCCACCAGCUUGGUUGUCAAUAUUUGAAGCAGUAGAUGACCGAACCAUAUGUCCUCAAUUAAAUAUGACAGGAUUUAGUCCGGACUCGAAGAUUAUGAAAGAAGAUUGUUUGGUUGCUAAUGUAUACGUACCUAAGACCAAGAAAAAAAACCUUCCGGUUGUUGUUUACGUACACGGCGGUGCAUUUUUAUUAGGAUUUGGAACUCUUCUUACACCAAAGGAAUUAGUGAGCAGCCAAAACGUUCUAGCAGUAACAUUUAAUUAUAGGUUAGGAGCACACGGGUUCCUAUGCUUAGGCACCAAAGACGUACCCGGUAAUGCUGGUAUGAAAGAUCAAGUUGCACUACUGCGAUGGGUAAAAAAAAAUAUUGCGGGCUUUGGAGGUAACCCAAAUUACGUCACAUUAGCUGGAUACAGUGCAGGAUCUUCAUCAGUAGAUCUUUUAAUGUUGUCGAAAAUGGCUAAAGGUCUGUUUCAUAAGGUUAUUCCGGAGAGUGGUGCAAGUACUUCUCCUUUCAGUAUGCAAGUUGAUCCUAUACAGAAUGCAAAAGAAUAUGCCAAGCUCAUAGACAUAGAAAAUGUUGACGAUAUAUUAGAAAUGGAGAAAAGUUUCAAGAAAGUGUCAUAUGAAGUUUUACAAUCAGGAGACCUUUUAUAUAGAAAAGACUUUACAUUUCUCCUUGCUCCUUGUGUAGAGAGAGAUAGUGGACAGGAGAUGUUUCUUACGGAUGACCCUGUAAAUAUUUUAAAACGAAGUAAUUUUCCGAAAUUGCCCAUGCUCUAUGGAUUUGCUCAAAUGGAGGGAUUGUUGCUGAUGGAAAAUUUUGAUUUGUGGAAAAAAGAAAUGAACGAAAAUUUUGCCAACUUUUUACCAGCUAAUUUAAAAUUUAAAAGCGAAGAAGAGAAAGUCUUAAUAGCUAAUAAAAUAAGAAAGUUUUAUUUUGGUGAUAGCGAAAUAGAUAAUAUUGCUAUUUUAAAAUUUGUUGAUUAUAUGUCUGAUGGGUAUUUUACAUGCCCCACAAUAAGAGUUGUAAAUCACUUAGUAAAAGCAGGACACAGUGAAAUAUACUUGUAUGAAUAUUCUUACACUGACGAAUACACUCCAGUUAUACCCUAUACUAAUGUACGUGGAGCGCCUCAUUGUGCUCAAAGUAACGCCGUACUUGACGGGUUCGAUCCGUCCUUAACAAAACAAUAUUCUUUUACAGAUGAUUUUGUUAACAUGAAAAGUGUUAUGAGGGAGCUUUGGGGAAAUUUUAUUAAGAAUGGAAAGCCUGCGGCUGCAGGGACUCCGACGUGGCCUGCUGCAGGUCUAAAUGGAUCUCCUCACAUGGCUCUCAAGAAGGAUCCUGAAAUAAAAGGAGCAUUGCUGGAAGAGAGAUGUCGCUUCUGGAAUGAAAUUUAUGAUUCAUAUUAUAAAUUCUCUGAACCUCCUUCACGUUCAAUUCGACGAAAUACGGAACUAUAGGUUUUUGUUAAACGAUUACUACUAUUUCAAACUUUUUUGGUUUCUUUUUUAUUUAAAGCAUUUUGUUUAGUAUUUUAAACAUUUAAAAUACUAAAGCAAUUGUUCUGGACAUUUAAAAUUAGCAUUUUCCACGAUAAUUUUACAGUAUUCUCUUUUUGCUAAAAUGAAAUAUGUGCAUAAUUAAAUUUAAAAUAUUACAAUAUUUUAAUCGCCCUUUCCUUUAAGCUCCUUUUUAUAGCGUGCACACAGUUAUCUUUCGUCCUAAUCAAAUUAUUCUAAUAUAACACAAAAUCCAUCAAAUAUUUUCAUGGAUUUUCUCUACCAAUUCAAUUUCUUCUACAUUUCCUUCACUUUCUUUCUUUAUCAAACUAUCAUCCAUUGACAUAAUAUGCUGAUGUCUAGUUAGAGAAGUACCAAAAAUUUCAAUCGGAAAAAUACGAAUUUUGGUUGGCGAUCCGGUAACUGUAUGAAGGAGUAGAUUGAAUGAGAUGAUAUGUAUUUGUAUCGAUAAAAAAUUUAGUUAUAUUAAAAAUGAUGUUACAGUAAAAAUGAGAAGAAAAUUUUAUAAGCGGAGUCGUCUUCAAAAUAUAAAAGAGUUACCGAGAAAUCAAAGUAAAAUGUUAAAGAAAAACCAAGUAUGUUUUGCUGUAUCAGCACUAGUGACGGGUCCAACAAUAAAAUAUAACUUGUGGCUGUAAUCAAUUAUUGCAUUUUUUAUAAAAGCUCGUUGUUAGUCAUAAUUAUUUUUAUAAGUUAAACAAAAUCAAAAACUAUUUAAAAGGAGAAUAGAACUUUUUUUAAUUUUUGUAUAAAUACUACGCUUAGACGAAUUACACUCCAGUUCAUUGCGGACCGUUGAAGAUCAAUACCAAAUCUUCAAGAUAUAUAUUUAGAAGAGUUGAAGUUUUACUUUGAAUUACCAUGGAACAUACUGACACUAGUGAAUACUUAUCCCAUUCUAAAAGGAUCUACUCAUCCGAUUUGAAAAAUUCGUACAGUGUUAGAUUGUCCAUUUAUCAAGGAAGGCUAUAGCUGUACUAAAAUUACUACUUUGUGACCAGAGGUGAAAAUCAAAAACCUAUUUAUGAGUGUGCCGCAUGAACUGGUGACAUUGCAACAAAAUGAUGUAUUACGGGUUUGUAGGUCCCAUCCAGACCUAGCAAAAUGUCCACGACAGCGUUUCCCUAAUAGUAUAGUUUAGUCAGUGUACCCGCUUUUGUGUUCAAAAAUUGUUAAAUCGCCUGAAUAAAUGUGUAUCAUAAUCUCA